GAUGUUGUCAUUUCUGUAAGGGCCAAAGUCGGCAAGAUGGCGUCGAGUGGCGGGGAGCUGGGGACUUUAUUGGACCACCACGUCCAAAGAGCUGUGUGCGACACGCGGGCCAAGUACCGGGAGGGGCGACGGCCUCGUGCUGUCAAGGUAUAUACAAUUAAUUUGGAAUCUCGGUAUUUAUUAAUACAAGGAGUUCCUGCAGUGGGAGCAAUGAAGGAAUUAGUUGAGCGAUUUGCUCUAUAUGGUGCAAUUGAACAGUAUAAUGCUCUAGAUGAAUACCCAGCAGAAGACUUUACAGAAGUUUACCUUAUUAAAUUUGUGAAUUUACAGAGUGCAAGGAUAGCCAAGAGAAAAAUGGAUGAACAGAGUUUUUUUGGUGGAUUGCUUCAUGUGUGCUAUGCUCCAGAAUUUGAGACAGUUGAAGAAACUAGAAAAAAAUUACAAGAGAGGAAGUCUUAUAUAGGAAGAAUUACUAAAAAUAAAGAUCAUUUCAUGACAAAGAAGAAACUGGUUACGGAACAUAAAGACACAAAGUAUUUUAAACAGGACUUCCAUUCGGAGAGAUCUGGAUUUUGUGCAGCUGGGAACGCAGAUCCUUGUCUUCCUUAUUCUUGUGAGUUGCCUUUAUGUUAUUUCUCCUCAAAAUGUACCUGCUCAUCAAGAGAGCAUGUGGAUGGAGCAUCGAACUCCUCUCAGGAUGGUAGAAACCUUGGUGAAACAGUGGGGCACUGCAACCACAAUGACUCUCUGCAGAAAAUGCCAAUGAAAACUUUUAAAAAUUCAGUGGCCUGCCCUGGUGCACAGAAGGCUAUUAUUACUCCUUCAGAGGCAGUUGACAGAUUUAUGCCUAGGACAACACAACUGCAGGAGCGUAAAAGAAGAAGAGAAAAUGAUCUUAAACUUGGAACUUUUCUUGAAACAAACAUGAGCAGUAAUGAGGUCAUGAUUGGGCCUCUUUUACCAGACAUCCCUAAAGUGGAUAUGCAUGACGACUCAUUGAAUACAACUGCGAAUUUAAUUCGGAACAAACUUAAAGAGGUGGUUUCAUCUGUGCCAGAGCCUCCAGAGGACAAGCUAGACAGUGUACAUACAAGUCAUCCAUUGAAACAAAGAAGAAGAAUAUAAGAUUGGCUGCAAGUUAAUAUUUUCUAAGGGACUAUUUUUUAUUUUUACCCUGUCAUUUUAGUUCUUGAAGAAAUUUUACUGCUGGUAUUUUAAUGCACUCUUUAUAAUUUCAUUCAAGCUACUUGUCUAAUUCUGUUUCAUGUUUUAAAAUUAGUUUAUCAUGUACAAAAUACAUGCCAGCCAACUGUUUCCCUUAAUAAAAUUUUUGCAGAAACUC